GGCCAUACUGUGGUAAUGUGAUGCCCGUCCCCAAAGAAAUCAUUCUGGACAGCAAUGAAGCGAUGAUUCACUUUGAGAGCAGAUCCCAUGUGUCAGGACGAGGUUUUCUGUUGUCCUAUGCCAGUAGUGAUCAUCCAGAUCUAAUCACAUGUUUGGAAAGAGCGAACCACUACACAAAGGCUGAAUACAGCAGGUACUGUCCUGCUGGCUGCAGAGACAUAGCAGGGGACAUCUCUGGCAAUGUCGAAGAAGGAUACAGAGAUACCUCGCUGCUGUGCAAGGCGGCAAUUCACGCAGGCGUCAUCGCGGACGAGCUGGGCGGCCAGAUCAGCGUCACACAGCAAAAGGGCAUCAGCCACUACCAAGGCAUCGUGGCCAACAGCAUCCCCUCACUCGAUGGUUCGCUGUCAGAUAAACGGUUUAUAUUUACUUCAAAUGGCUGCAAUAAAUCUCUCAGUCUGGAAGAGGGAUUCCUCUCCAAGAGCCAGAUUACUGCAUCUUCCUACUGGGAGGAGACCAAUGAAUUUGGGCAGCUAUUCCAGUGGUCUCCUGACAAGGCUUGGCUUCAAGUCCCAGGAUUGGCUUGGGCAUCUAACCACAGCAGCAAUCGUGAAUGGCUGGAGAUAGACCUGGGAGAGAAGAAGAGAAUAACAGGUAUUAAGACCACUGGUUCUGGAUCUACUAUGCUGAAUUUCAACUUUUACGUAAAGACAUUUACAAUGAACUAUAAAAACAACAACUCAAAAUGGAGAACUUACAAAGGGAUCCUGAGCAAUGAGGAAAAGGUAUUCCAAGGCAACUCCAACCCCAGUGACAUAGUACUCAACAACUUCAUCCCUCCGAUAGUGGCCCGUUAUGUGCGAAUCAUCCCUCAGACUUGGAACCAAAGAAUAGCAUUGAAGCUUGAGCUGAUGGGUUGUCGAAUAAUGCAAGCUAAUAGCUCAUUCACACAUUCGAUGUGGCAGAAACCAAGUCAGAGCACAGAAACCUCCCUUGGAAAAGAAGACAGGACUGUCACGGAGCCCAUUCCGUCAGAAGAAACUAACUUGGGCUUAAAGCUUACAGCUAUAAUUGUCCCCAUCCUCAUCGUGCUGUGUCUGUUCCUGUUCUCUGGAAUUUGUAUCUGUGCAGCCCUUAGAAAGCGAGAAGCCAAAGGACUUUCUUAUGGAUUAUCCAGUGCUCAGAAAUCAGGUUGUUGGAAGCAAAUCAAGCAGCCCUUCACCAGACAUCAGUCAACUGAAUUUACCAUCAGCUAUAAUAAUGAGAAGGAGACACCACAAAAACUGGAUCUGGUCACUAGUGACAUGGCAGAUUAUCAGCAGCCUCUCAUGAUUGGGACUGGGACGGUAACACGGAAAGGAUCUACUUUUAGACCCAUGGACACCAAAGAGGAAGGAAGAAGGGGGAGUUCAGAGUUCGAAAAUCACUAUCACUGUCCACACAGAGCUAACCGGCACGAAUAUGCUCUACCCCUGACCAGCCAAGAGCCCGAAUAUGCUACCCCCAUCAUAGAGCGGCACAUAGCAAGAGAAAAUAACUUCUCCUCUGAAAACGGCUACAACGUACCUGUCGUCUCAUCCCAGAAACACUCCCUUUCUGCCAGCAGCUUCUCCAGUUCGUGUAAGACCGAUACCAGGAAUGGAGACUAUCAGACACCCCAGAGUGUCAUAAACUAUGACAAGCCCAAAGUGAACGGUGUUCUGACCUCCGUGAGCUACAGCACAGACUACCAGAAACCUCAGCCCAAUGCCCUCGGGAGCGAGGGUUACUCAACGCCCAGAGAUUGCCUCAAACCAAUAAGCCAGACAGCAAUGACAGCUCUCUUGUGA